GUUGAUACCAUUAUAUAUAGACGACCAAAGUACAAUACCCAAACCUAACUCACAUAGUAAAGAAAAAAAAGAAAAAGGAGAUAUGGCUUCUUCUAUGCUCUCUUCCGCUACAAUGGUCUCUUCUCUGGCUCACGCCACAGUGGUCGCACCAUUCAUAGGACUUAAGUCCUCUGCUUCUUUCCCAUUGACAUGUAAGGCCAACAACGACAUUACUUCCAUCACAAGCAACGGCGGAAGAGUUUGGCCUCCUGUUGGCAAGAAGAAGUUUGAGACUCUCUCUUACCUUCCUGACUUUACCGAUGUUGAAAUAGCUAAGGAAGUUGACUACCUUAUCCGCAACAAAUGGAUUCCAUGUAUUGAAUUCGAGUUGGAGCACGGUUUUGUGUACCGUGAGCACGGAAAUAUCCCUGGAUACUAUGAUGGGCGAUACUGGACAAUGUGGAAGCUUCCAUUGUUUGGAUGCACUGACUCAUCUCAAGUGUUAAAGGAAGUGCAAGAGUGCAAGAAAGGGUACCCCAACGCCUUCAUUAGGAUCAUCGGAUUCGAUAACAACCGUCAAGUUCAGUGUGUCAGUUUCAUCGCCUACAAGCCACUAAGCGUCUCCGAUGCUUAAUGUCACACUUUUGAAUCUUUGUGUAAACAACAAAACUUUAUCCUUCUACACCUUUGAUUCUAUCAUCUGUUUUCUAUAUAAUCUUAUCUUUUGUUUUAAUUUCGGACUUAGCGUUUGUGUUCAGGUUUGCAAGACAUUUUCUAUCGGGUCCUCAAAUGUCUGAUGAAUAAAUAUGAUUUUUCUAUAAAUCAUUGA